CGCGCCGGACAGUAGAAAACGAAGAAGAGGAGGCUGUACGACACACAUCAAAUACAUUUCCCUAACGAAUCACAUUCCAGCUUCGCCUGCUUCACUUUUUUAAAGUCCCACUCGUUUCCAAAAUGCCUCGCAUCGAGAAUGACGUGAAGCUGGACUUCAAGGAUGUGCUGCUCCGGCCAAAGCGGAGCACACUCAAGUCCCGCAGUGAGGUGGACCUGAUGAGAAGCUUUACUUUCAGGAACUCCAAGGGCAGCUAUAAAGGGAUUCCCAUCGUUGCUGCCAACAUGGACACGGUGGGGACCUUUGAGAUGGCCUUAGCUCUGCACCAGUUCACUCUCUUUACGACAAUCCACAAACAUUACUCCGUGGAUGACUGGUUGGAGUUUGGAGCAAAGCAUCCUGCAUGUCUUGAGAGUUUAGCUGUGAGCACUGGGACUGGAGACGGUGACUUUGACAGGAUCUCAGCCAUCUUGGCGGCUGUACCGCAGCUGAAGUACAUCUGUGUUGAUGUAGCAAAUGGCUACUCUGAACACUUUGUGCACUUUGUGAGAGAUGUCAGGCUAAAGUUCCCCUCGCACACUAUAAUGGCAGGAAACGUGGUGACAGGAGAAAUGGUGGAAGAGCUGAUCCUCGCUGGCGCUGACAUCAUCAAAGUUGGGAUUGGACCAGGCUCUGUGUGUACUACCCGCAAGAAGACAGGGGUUGGCUACCCCCAGCUCAGCGCCGUAAUCGAAUGCGCAGAUGCAGCCCAUGGUCUGGGCGGCCACAUCAUCUCUGAUGGUGGAUGUACCUGCCCAGGAGAUGUCUCAAAGGCUUUUGGGGCUGGAGCGGACUUUGUGAUGCUUGGCGGGAUGCUGGCCGGCCACUCAGAGAGCGGAGGGGAGACCAUCGAGAAGAACGGCAAGAAAUACAAGCUGUUUUACGGAAUGAGCUCCGACACGGCGAUGAAAAAACAUGCGGGCGGUGUGGCCGAGUACAGAGCAUCAGAGGGGAAGACUGUAGAGGUUCUCUACAAAGGUCCGGUGGGCGAGACGAUACGAGACAUCCUGGGAGGGGUCCGCUCCACUUGCACCUACGUUGGUGCAGCCAAGCUGAAGGAGCUGAGCCGCAGGACGACCUUCAUCAGAGUCACCCAGCAGCUCAACACUGUCUUUGGCAGCGACAGCUGAACAUCCGCCUCAGUCCUGCCUUGAGCUGAAAAUCUCCAACACUGCCUGCCUAACUUCCCCAUGCUGUUUUUAAUAGAUCACUUGUAAACACAAAUGAGCUGAUUGGUAUCGUAGCUCAGGAAUACUGUCCUUUUAAGUCUUGUUUUAAAGCAAGUUUUUACCAUCAAUACCAUUCUUUGGCACAUACAGUCUUAGUUGUUUUAGAUUUAUGAGAAAAGACACAUGUUCUAGGGUUUGAUCUGUCUCCGAGAUGUAAUCUAGAGAUCUGAGCCGUCAGCUCUUUGUGUGUCUGCUCUCAUCAUUCCAGGGAAGUUCCUUCAUGGUUCUUCUUAUUUAUUCAAAUUUAUGAGUCUUUAUAUGAAAGUUUUUACAACAAACCUUCCUGUAAGCCUUUGUCCCCACUUAUAAAGUUAUCGCAAAUGUCUUAAAUCGUUUAUAAAUCUAAAUAUAUAUGCAAAUAUGGUUGUAAAUUACAAAAUGUACCUAUUUUUAGAAAAUGUAUCAUUUCAUAACCCCUAUUUGGCAAUUGAAUGCUUUAAAUUUUUAAAUUAAAACAUUUUUCUCAAUGUAUUGACAUACUUUUGUAUGUUGAAUGCAAGUUCAAUUUAAAAACACCAGAUGUAUUAGUGCCAAGGUGUUAGUCAAUAUGAAUAUAUUUCCAAUUAUUUGGUUCUAGCUGCUCCUGACUGAUGCCAAAUUACGUGGGUUUUAGUUUUAGCUGACGCAGUUAUUCAAGUGAAUUUAUCAUUCCUUAUAGUCUUUAAGGUAAGGAUUUUGUUCUUUAGUAUUAACUAUUAAGUUUUCACCAUUAGCACUUAAAGUUAUUUGGUUUUACACACUUAGUUUAAGUACUAUUUCAAGCUGUUCUGUUGCCUGUGUUACACAUCUAGACUGUAUUAAAAAUAAGUUUCUUUAUAUUGCCAAAUCAAGAAAUACAAUAAUUUCACAAUACAUCAAUAAAACAU